GUUUCGAAGUAUCGAAACGUAUUCGCGAAUGAAAAAAUUGGCAGAGAGAAAUUUGAUCCACGUUUCGAUGAACGUUCCGGACCGUAUGAUGAGUAUAUCUAUCGUAAAAAUUAUGAAUUUUUGGACGGAAUGAGGCAAAAGGAAGAGAAGAUAUUAGCAAAGGAGAUAAAGAAAACCAAACAAACGGAUCCCGAAUCAGCGGAAAAAAUGAAAGAAGUUUUGAGGCGUAUGAAGAAUCACGACAAAUCGAUAGCUGAAAAGGAACGCAAUAAAGAGGUGAUAAGAGAGUUGAGACGAGAAAACAAUGAACGUAUGCGACAAGGAAAGAGGCCCAUUUAUCUUACCAAAGGUGAACUUAAAAUGCGAAUGAUGGAGAAGAAAUUUGAAGAGUUAAAGAAAACGCAUAAAUUGGACAGUUAUAUAGAACGGAAGAGCAAAAAACACAACUUGAAAGGAAACGCCAAACCGUUCUGA